AUGGAAAGAACAGGUAUUGAAGAUUCAACUUUAUCACAAAUACUUUCUACUGAUGUCGAGCGUCAGAAGAACACAGUUUCAUGCAAAUGUAAAAUUUGUGAAGCUCCUGCUCGAUAUUCUUAUUAUGGUGUUAUUAUUCCAACAACAAAUCUCUUAGAAUCUGAUCAAUCAACAUUAAGUAUUGAUCAAUGGAAUCUUUUGUCAAAUUUAGUUCAUUGUUUCGAUGAAAAUAGUGGAUAUGCAUUGGUCGAACGUUUUAUAGAAGAACAAAAUCGAUUACCACUCAAAUUAAGAUUUAAAUAUCCAUCAGUUUGUGAGUUUUUUAUGUUGUUGAAGGGUAAAGUUCAAAUUGUAUUCGAAAAAAAUCGUGAUUUUCUUUCAUUAUCUCGUUAUGAUCGUACAACAUUACUUCGAACUACAUUAGAAUAUACAACAAGUAUUGGUGGUAUGUUUACAUUACGUCAGUAUAAAUUAUUUGAUUAUCCACCUUUCUAUAAAUCUGCUGAAAUGAUAUUUCAACCAUCUGCAGCAAUCUUCACUAAACGUGUUAUUGAUCAACUUGAUCCAGAUAAUACAUUUAUUAAAUUAGUAUUUGCAAUACUUACUUUCUCGACAAUCAAUUAUACUAUAUAUAGAAAAAACGUUCAUAGUAAUUUAACAAAUAUCAAAGUAACUUUACCUAUUCAAGAUAUGUACACAGAUUUAACAUGGCGAUAUCUUCUAUACAAAUAUGGUCAUCAUCAAGCUGUAAUACGUUUUUCAAAUCUUUUAAGAUGUCUUUUUGCUGUAAUUGCAGCCGUUGUUGAAGCACAUGAAUCAGAAAAAUUUACAGAAAUGAUCGAUUCCGUUAUUGAACAAACUGAACAAACACUUUGUUUGUAA